AUGCAGAAUGAGCUCAGGAAGCUGGGUGAUGAGCGCCGUGCGGAGAGGGCGGGCCGCAUCCGAGCAGAGCCGCUGCUGGUCGAGUCGGCGCGCGCCUCCCUCACCCUCAGGCCCGGUCUUGCGCCCGAGUUCCUGCAGGGCCUGGAGCAGUACACCCACUGCUGGGUGCUGUACGUCUUCCACCGCAACACGGACCUGCAGCGGCUGUGGGGCGGCAGCGACCGCGGCCUGCGGGCCAAGAUCAGGGUGCCGCGCCUGGACGGCGGCCGGCUGGGCGCGCUGGCCACGCGCUCGCCACACCGCCCCUGCCCCAUUGGGCUCAGCGUCGCGCGCGUGCUCCGCGUCUCCGGUCGGACGCUGCUGCUGGGCGGCGCUGACGUCGUGGACGGCAGCCCCGUGCUGGACGUCAAGCCCUAUGCCCUGGACCUGACACCCUUGACCCCGGGCGGGGAGGCGGCCGGGUUCUGGCGCGUCGCGCUGGACGGCGUGGAGGUGGCCUACGACGUGGUGCAGGAGGGGAGUGAGGCGGGGGGAAGGCCCGUCGUGAUCGUGCGGGGCGGGAGGGCCUGGACCGCGGCGGCAGGGGAGGGCGAUGAGGAGGCAUGGGCUGACGACGUGGACCGAGCGCCGGUCGCCCCUGAAUGA